GAUGGUCACUACGACGAUGAAAGCUCGGAAGAGGACGAGUAUGGCGUCUCGGACACUAGCUGCAAGGGCUCUGAUGACUAUGACGAGGACGAUGGCGAUUAUGACACGGACGGCGAACUUUACGACAGUGGUCGACAUUGCCAGUGCUGCAACUUGCAUCGCAUCAUCUCCCACCUAGCUCGCGACUAUGAGAAUGACGACGAUAGUGAAGACGUCGAAGAUGAGGAGACGGAAAGCGAAGAACAGCCUGACGCAGCACCGAGAAUUUUCCGUGCUCCAGCUUCCCCAAAAAUGCCUGCUAAACGACGACGCAGAGUUACACCAGCGACCACAACACGCACCGGCCCCAAACCAGCCAGAGUGACGAAAAAAACGGCCACUCGUGGUACUGGCCGUAGAAUGCAAAAUAGAAGUAAUAGACCAGGGACUGCGGAUGGAACCCCUCUGGAUGGACUAGUGACGCGUUCGCGCAGGUAA